AUGGAAAAAUUCUACAAAGAAAAGGAAGGAAAGCCAGAAAACAAAGAAAACCUAGAAAAUGAGGAAAUUUUGGAAGACGAAGAAAGUACCGAAGAUGAAGGAAAUGCAGAGGAGGAAAAGCUGAAAAUGGGGAAGGGCAAGGGGAAGAGCGAGGGACAGCUAGGGGACCAGGGCGCGCCGGGCGCUGAGAGCCGAGCAGUCAAGGAGGGCCAGCCUGAGAAGCAGGGUCGGGCGUCCGGGGCGGGCCAGCCCCCUACCCAGGGCCAGCCCGCAGCCCCCGCGGCGCCGCCCGAGAGCGAGCGGCGCGCCGCUGAGAAGCGCCCGGCCGAAGACUACGUGCCCCGCAAAGCCAAACGGAAAACGGACCGGGGCACGGACGACUCCCCCAGGGAGUGCCAGGAGGACUUCCAGGACCGGCAUGCCAGCAGCGAGGAGAUGCUGAGCGAGUGCGCCGACGUGUCCAGGGCGCAGGAGGAGCUGCGGAAAAAGCAGAAAAUGGGCGGUUUCCACUGGAUGCCAACAGAGAUUCAAGACCCGUUCGCUCCACGGGGCCAGCGGGGCCAGCGAGGCUUGCGGGGCGUGCGGGGAGGAGGAAGGGGCCAGAAAGAUUUCGAAGAUGUUCCCUAUGUUUAAUGCUUUUGCCUUGAAUUCUGAUUUAUGUAAUGUGUGAGUCUUGCCGGCCCUGCUUUCCCUGGGCGGCGUUUGCCAGGGCUCUUGCUUUAACCUUACACGCUGAUACUUGUCUUUAGGUGUCACUGUUGUGAACCACCACACUUUUGACUCAACUACAGUGCUCUUUUGGUAGAGGAUUCCCACUCAUGAGCAUGGAGGAAAUGUUUAUGGCACAUUGUAACACCAUAAUAAAAAAAAAA